AUGAAUCUUCUCCUCCUGGUCUAUAAUUUACGGACUAGAGAAUCCGUCCUCCCAAUCCACUCCUCAAACUCAAUCACAAAAGCCUGUUCCUUGAGUCUUAAUGGAUCGGAUUUUAAUCUCAAACCUCAUCAACCCGGAUCCAAAAGCCACGUCAAAAGGCAACGCAAAAAUCUAAAACCUAAACCCGUUAAGAAACCCUUCUGUUUUCCCCCAGCUGACGCGAAGGGGGAUCGAACCUUCUUCUUCCCAAGCCGACGCCGCCUUCUCUCCUUCCUCAACCACCAAGGCCGGCGGCGCCACCUCCUUCUUCAUCACCGCCGGCCAACCAUCCACCUUCCUCAUCAAGCUCCGGAUUCCUUUCCCCCUCAUCAUCGCCUCUCCUCUUCUGGGUUAGGAAGAGGAGCGCUCCAUUCCUACCACCAAGUCCUCUUCAUCCUCCACUUCGCCUCUGUAGCCAUCUCCAAAUCCGACAGCCCUUCUCGCUUCCGAAGCCCUCCUCUUCGAGUUAGACGAGGAGGAUUCGCGUUUGCAGCCACCUCCAGAUCCAGCAGCCCUUUUAGCUUCUGCAGCCCUCUUCUCUUCGGGUUAGAAGAGAAGAGGUUCUUCUUCGUGCGUGUUCCGAUCAAGAGAAGGAUCCAUCACAUUAGCGUUCAUUUUGGUUGUUUGCUUACUUUGAUUGAUGCCCACAAUAUGUUCAACAAAAUGUUUCUUUACUUAGAUGCAGAUCAAGAACAACCCACACUGAUCAUGGCUGCCAACGAUGAGAACAAGUAUCUAAGGACUACGCAGUAUUGAGUACGAGAGGAUUUAGAUCUAGCAUCACAAGACCUCUGGUGGAUGCUAAUAACUUUGAGCUGAAAUUGGCACUGCUUUCCAUGAUUCAACAGCACCAAUUUGGAGUGCCUCCUACGGAUGAUCUGAAUCUGUAUUUAGAGGUACUUCUUGAAUUUUAUGAGACAUUGAAGCUUAAUGGUAUUUCUGCAAUGCUAUUAGGAUGGACUGUUCCCUUUCUCCUUGAGGGACAGGGCAAGAGUUUGGUUGCAUUCCCUAUAAUCAGGAAGUAACAUGACAUGGGAACAACUGGAGAAGUAGUGUUU